UUAUUUUUCGUAGGUAGAUGUAUAAUAUAUACUUUUAAUGACAUUUUUUGCUAACUUUAGAAUGAUAUUUCCAACAAUUCUGGUCUUCUACAUGACAAUCUCCAUUCUAAUUGUGGAAUUCAUUGUUCUGCUUUCGUUUAUGGAUCGGCCAACGCUGUUCUGUGGUUCUCCUGACCUAAUACAGAGUCUACGAUCAUCAACAGAUUUCUGUAAAAUCAAUGGCAAGUUUAAAAGUUGUGCAUAUGAUAAUAUAUGGCAGUAGAUGAUUGCUUAAUCAAAACGCUGCAUUAAAUGACAGUAGCUAAUACGAACAAUAAUUAAUAUAAGUAAAGGCAAAAGAU